UCCCACUUCACUCUCACCGUCGCGCCGUCGACGGGAACGGGCUCCGUGUGACGGCUCCUGGCUUCUUGCUCUCCGGACUAUUUUUAAGUAAUCACACAGCGUCUCAAGUGCGUCGACGGCGUCAUAAUGACAAGAAACACAGCACGUGCACAAGGAUAAAUAGUUUUCCGUGCCCUCUGGUCGCGAUAAAUCGGUUUAUCGUUUGAGUUCAUUUGCGAGUUCAUCCCUCGUCUCGAGUUUGGUUUUUGUUGUUUGAACCUGUUUCUCUUUCUCACUGGACCCAGUUUGUGGAACUGGAAGAUUUGACGGGACGUCUGCUGACAACAGCUGCCGAAGAUGUUACAAGUGGCGCCGGCACUGACAGACGGCCUGACGGCUGUGGUUCUCGUGGCCGCCCUCCUCGCCUUAGGUUCAGGUGAAAACGACUUGGACCUGAACUUCUCUGGGACCUGGGUGCACGGCGCGGGCCCCCUGAGCCUGCGCAUCAACCUCUCCACCGGCUGCAACAAGCUCUCGGUCUCUGCCAACAAGGGCUCUCUGACCAUCGAGGGCCAGAUCACCUCCCAGUGCAAACGCUCCGACGUGCUCCCCCUCCACCUCCCGUCAAAGGAGAAAAGUGACUUCUCUCUGUACUGGGACCCACUGCUGGACCAGAUGAAGCUCGAGAUCGGGGGAAAGAACCUGACUCUGUGCCGGCCCGUCAGCCUGCAGGGCUCCUGCUGCACCGACCUGUCUCUCGGUCCCAAUGCACCAGAUGCAGAUUAUGGCAUCGUCAAUGGAUCCAUCAAGAGUGAUGUCAUCACAGAAAAAACUCGCAGAGCCUACACGUUUCUAGGACAGUCCAUCAGCUGCUCUGUUUUAUGUGAACAAGCGCUCAACAGAUCCAACACCGACAAAACGCGAGGCAAAGCGAGGAACGAGCAUCUGUGCGCUGGGACGUCUGAGGUGGAGAUGAAGGACGACUUCAAAGGCUACGUUGUCACGUCGCCUAUUAAAGGUGCAUCCGCUCAGUCCGCUGCCAUCGUUCAUCUCCCGCCUGCGCUUAAACAAGCUGCGAGACAGACCAGCAAAGUGACCCUCAGCUUCUUCAGCGACAACCACCUGUUCCAGGAGGGGAACAAUGACGUUAAGGUCCUUAACGAUGUGGUGGAAAUUACAGUGGAGAAUGAAGUCAUUGCUAAUCUGCCUGAGCCAAUCAAGAUCACCUUCCACCAUGAAAUUAUAACUAAAAUGUAUUCAAGGAAGUGCGUUUCAUGGGACGCCAGGAAAGAUCCACUGCAGGUCAAAUGGUUGGAGGACGGAUGCGAGACCAAGCAGGUCGGAGGAAAUCACACCGAGUGCCAGUGCAACCACCUGACUUACUUCACUAUACUGGUGCAACUGAAGCCUCGACCAGUGCGCCACCUGCUGGCACUCACUGCCAUUACCUCUCUGGGCUGCGCCGUGUCUGUGAUCAGCUGCUUCGCUCUCAUCAUUUAUUUCUGCAGGAAGAAGCAGCUUAAGGAGCAGUCCAGGCCCAUCCACCUCGGCCUGGCCGUGUCGCUCAUGUUCCUCAACCUGCUCUUCUUCUUCACCGGCGUCUUGGCCAACGUCGCGGGGGAGAGUUUGUGCACCUGGGUGGCGGCGGGCCUCCAUUACGCCCUGCUCAGCUCCUUCACUUGGAUGGGAAUCCAGGUGUUCCACACCUUCUGGUUGGUCUACAGAGUUUUCACCCCCUCCCCCAAGACCUACAUAUGGAUGGUGGUCGGCUUCGUUCUCCCAGCGGUUCCUGUUAUAAUUCUGACGGCACUGGGCGGCAUUUACGGCGUCAAGAAGGUGACGCCCAGCGAUGAUGUCUCCAACCCAUACCUGAUGUGCUGGAUGACGGACACAGAGCAAGCCCUGCUGGCUCACUACUUGACCAACAUCCCCAUCAUGAUCGUCCUGGUGCUGUCCGGCGGCGUGAUGCUGUUCGUCAUCUACAGGGAAAUCAAACCCAGAGCCGAGUGGAGCAAAAAUCGCGUGGCUUUUCUCAGCAUCUGGGGCCUCAGCUGCCUCUUCGGGACAACCUGGGGUUUGGCCCUUCUGGACUUUGGGCCCCUGCCUGACUUUGUCUUGUUCGUCUCCUGCACCCUGAACUCUUUCCAAGGCUUCCUUCUGAUGCUGCGGUUCUACAUGCUGAACUGGAUGAGGAAACAGGCCGGCCGCUCCGGACUUGGCAGCACCAGCUCGGGCUCUGCCAGGCAACACAUGCUCCAGCCCCAGGAGAAGAAUGAAAUGAACUGAAAAGACUUCACGUUUCACAUACGACAAGACUCACAGCUUUCAAGCUACCGACUAUUUGAUAGUAGAAUGUCAGAGUAACUCUAAGGAUCAGUGUGGAAGCUCUCUGUACAACUUACACCUCUCACUCGUCCGGGCAGUUCACAGACCUACUAGACGCCUUUUAUACCCGCUUUAGUCAGAUGUCAGAUCCGCUCUCUGCCUCGUGCACCUUUAAGCCUUGCCCCUUGAAUACUAUUGUAAUAGAGGACAAGCGGAACCACUUAGUCGAGGUAAAGGGGCUUCGAUGACUCUGUGGUUGUUGAAGGAGCGCAUUGUGUUCAUCGGUCCUCCACCAGCUACAGACGAUGCCCCGGUUCUAAAGCACAUGAACGAGCUAAAUAUAAUUAAAGCCUUGUUAAAAGGGAAACUCCAUCCACACGUGGAUUAAGAUGAUAUGUGAUUCUUGUGGGGGGGCAGUGAGGAGGACAUGACCCCAUCACUCAGGAACUAAUAAUAAAGGCCUGGAGCCUACAUUUGUACAGUAUCUAGACAGGGUCUGGAUGUACUGGGAGAUGAAUUUAUUUGACCUUUGACAUUGUAAGCUGGGGACAAGCUCUGCUUUCUUUUUUAAUGGACAGAGUAACAUGUAUGACAUAAACUCUUUGAUUGCUUAUAAUGUAUGUAAAGACAAAUGAUCUAUUAUGAAGCUUUCUUUAAACCCUAGCUAAGCUUUAAUUUUCAGUUUUGUACAUUUUUUUAAAGGUGAAGGUUUUUGUAAGUAGCACUUUAGAUUUUCAGUUCUGUUCUUUAACGUGGACCAAAAUGCAUUCCAGGAUUCCACACUUUGUUAUUCCCCAAGGUGAAGGUUUGCAAUUACUCUCUAUUUAAAUGUGAAACCACUCCGUACAAAAUAAGAUAAAACUUGCAAUAAAUGCAAAAACACUGAAUGAUAGUUUAAACCAACUUGUGUCCCAUUUAAAAUGGCAACAAAAAUUCCUUACUUCUUUCCUCCCACAAAAUCAGACAAAGGAGAUUUUUCUUAAAUGUUUGCACUGUUUUAUGUGGUUAAGUGAAUUUGAAUGCCACGUUUUGUUGCGUUUGUAUAUAUGAGUUAUUGUGGUGUAUAUUUUGUUUUAAUAAAUAUUUUUCUUUAAAAUGA